AUGAAGCUCUUUCGGCAGCAGUUCAACCAGCUGGACAAUGCUAGAUGGGAACAGCGGCCCCAUGAAGAAGCCAAGGAGGGCCAUGGAAAACACAGAGAACCAAAGUACUCUAAUGACAAUAAACAGCACCACAAAUGCAGGAGCGAAGAGAAGAUAUAUGACGACAGCUCGCCUUACGCCGAGUUUGUCAGUCACAAGCCCUAA